AUGACUGAGGAAACUCCCAAAGUCGAGAAUGCUUCUGCGUACCAAUACACGUGGAAAUUUCUUGACGAGCAAGCGGUCUCCAAUUGGAAACAGACUGUUGAGAGCCUGACGUCGCGAAUCGUUCAAAAGGAUAUUUCGCCGAGCGAAGUAUUCUACGAGAUUGUUACUUGUCUGAACGACUUCAGCUCAAGAAUCCCCAUCAACAACCUGACAAAUCUUGUGAAUACAAUCAUUUCCACAAUCCCAAACGUGAAAGAGCGACAGGAGCUAUCGGUGCAAUUCUUGCUGAUCUUCCAGGCUAGCAAUCCCAAACCUCAUCUCAACGCAUUCAUUCAAGCUGUCAAGAUCGACAACCAGUUCAAAAGACAGUAUCUAGACUUUUCAAUUCUUAAAAAUGGACUGUUCCCCGAUUUCAAUAAAUGCUACUUCAGUGAUGCCAGAGUGAAUGACUAUGGCGUAGUCACGUACUCCUCGCUUCACGAGUCAAGCGAAGGUUACUCAAAACUGGCUGUUGAACUCAUCGGCAUGUUUUAUCAGGAAGAUGCGCUUUGCAAGAUCACCUAUUUCAGCCGCAUCAUUGAGCGCCUGAUCGGCCAUUUUAGACUAGAUAUCACUAGAUCGUUUCUGCUGAUGCUGAGUAUAUUUGCGUUUUACCUUGACGAAAACGAAGAACUGGUCUUGCAAGUCAUAAAGAACAGCAUAUUCACGUCCCAGCAGUCGAAGACGUUGCAGUUGGUGGUGGUAUCAUUUCUGUUGAAUGCGGAUACAAAAGAGAAGGUUCCGUUGGAACUGAAACUGAUUACUUUUUUGAUAAAGGAAGGCAUUCUUGAAUUCCAUUCAAUCUACAAUUCUUUACAACCUUUGGAUUUCGAGUCUGAUGCCAAUUUUGCUCUCAAGCCAAUAAAAAAUACAGAAAUUGAUAAUCUAUACGCUCAGUAUAACGAAGAACUGAAGGAGAAUGCUUUCAAAGCUACUGCUUCUGCUCUUGCCCUGGCAGCUCCACUGGUUUUGGACGAUGAUGAUGAUGACAUGGGUGAGUCGUCGAAGACAAGCAGGGCUGAAGAGCCCCCUGUUCCUAUUGAAAGAAAGGUCACAGUCAAGGAGAAGUCGCAAUACAUUGCCAAGAUCAAAUUCCUGAAAUACAUCCUGCAGUUGAAAAUGUACGACGAAGCGCUGUUCAUUUUGGUCCAACACCCGUUUUUGCCUCUGAUAGAUGAAGAAGUUUGCAAACUAGUGAAUGACCUCGCGAACGAAAUUAUAACCCCAUACUAUAACACAAUUGGUAUCACAGGAAUAGGAAAGCCAAGCCUGGACACUUCCUUGAGACUGGUGGAGUCUUUUGAGGAUCUUGUCAAAUUUUGCCAUCAGUUCCUCUGUUUCAACGGCGUGAAGGUGGCCAGGGAUCCGGUUUUAUUCACGAAGCUAGUCCGACUUUUGCGAUAUCGGCUACAGAACGGAGCAGAUCGUGACCAGAUAUUGCAGCUUUACCGCAAGUUCAUCUUCCCGUCACUUUCAUUCGCCAAUAAUGCUUCCGUUGUGAAUGAAGCCUUUUCAAUAUUGCUUGACUUCUACCCGCUGGAAACCCGUUACAAUCUAUACGGCGAGUAUCAGAAUGUGAUUGCCAAGAACGAUCUGGAAAUCAAGCAGAAUUUUGAUAUUGCAGAAAAGAAAACAAAGGAUAUCCUCAAAAGACUCUCCACAGCAAAUGGAGAAGCCCUAAUGCGGCAAUUGACCAGGACGGCCUUUGGUAACCCGUUGGCAGUAACUUCGACAUUUGUUAAUCAUAUUGAAAGUUAUAGCAGCUUGAGUGAUUUAAUUGUGGAAGCAUCAAAAUAUUUCGGUGCUUUUGUCUGGGAUUCCCUCACUUUUCAGCUUUGCAACAAGCUCAAUUCAAACAGGCAGGCGAUGCAAGAAGACGGACUAAAUUACAUGCAAUGGAUUCAAAACUUAUCGUCCUUUGUCGGUAAAUUGGCCACAUCUAGACCUGAACAGUUCCAACUCGGACCGAUCCUGACUCUUAUCACCAAAAGUCUCAACAAUGGAUCAACAGAUCUGAUCAUUCUGGUCAAUGAGAUUGUCGGAUCUAUGAGUGGUAUUCAGCACAUCAACAAUUUAACUUCCAGGCAAAUAUUCCUGCUCAACGCGGAAACAAGUCUUCAAAAGCUUGUUUACAUGGUGAUCCAAGACAAGAGAGCAGAUUCGUUUGCAAGCUCGCGGAAAUUAUUGGAUACUCUGGUAAGUUUAGACAUUCUAGCGGAGCUGUUCAUUCUUCUUGCCAAUCUCCCAGAUAAAACGGUCUACUCGCCACAAGCACCGCUUAAGAUCUUAAACCGUCGUUGUGACGAGCUCAACUCCUUAAUUCACACCUUCACGACAAUGGUCGACGAGAAUCUCUCGACAAGUAUUUUUAAGGAGAAAAUGAUAUCCUUGGACACUCUUAUCAAACAGUUUCGCGUUCGUCCUGUUUGGGCUUUUCAGAUCUGGAGACGGCAUCUGAGCAGACAGCUGAAAGCAAAUCCGGACUACAUCGAUGAGCUCGAAGCUACUUUAUGUGCCGUGUUGCCACUUGACUGGGACGCCGUGAGCGCCAGCUUUUACGCCGACUUCUGGCUAUUAUCGCUCUACGAUAUCUGCUAUGAAAAAAUCUCUUAUGGAGAGGAGUUAGCAAGCAUCAAAUCGAAAAUAAGCAUGCUGAACAAAAAGCUGGCUCUGUCUCGCAAGGAUAAAGAUAUUCCAAAGAAAGAAUUGCAAAGACUUGAACAUGAACUUGGUCAACUGCAUCAAAUCUCGACCCGUGUGAGACACGAUGCAAGAAAACACGAAAACAACUACCAGGCCACCAUUUCUCGUAUCAGGAAUAAGAAAGACCAAUGGUUUGAAGAUGUCUCAGACGAGGAAACGGUCUCCAAAAGUACCAAACAAAUCUUGGAGCACUGCUUUUUGCCAAGGAUGGUUCACUCUCCCUUCGAUGCAGUGUACUGUGCAGAGUUUUUGUUCCUUGCUCAUUCGUUAAACACUUCUGGGUUUUCGUUGGUUUAUGUUCUGAACGAGCUUUUCACGUGCAACUUCCUCCAGCCUACGCUGUUCACCAGCACCACCUUAGAAAUAGAGAACCUGGGCAUUUUUUAUCUACAUGUCUUGAAAGAACUCAACACAUGGAGGCAGGACGCCAAACUGUAUGAUAGCAAGGCGUUGGGAAAGGAAGGAGCCUCGGAUCCUUUGCUUGCGGGUUUGAAAGUGCCCGGUGGAGACCAUUUGCAAUUUGAAGAGUUUAGGAAGACACUUUUCAAUUGGCAUAAAUCGCUGGAGAAACGAAUUCUUGCAGCCUUGGAUUCCGAGCAGUAUACUACGCGGAACAAUGCGAUCAUCUUUUUGAAGAACCUUCUCGGAGAAUUUCCUGUUGUUGCAGAUCAUUCGGAGGUCCUUACUCGCAAACUGGCCGCCAUAUAUUCUUCAGACUCCAGGGAGGACAUCAAGUUGGCUUCUAAUGCGCUAUUUGUUCUGAUCUCGUCCAAAAAGGCCUCCUGUGUUCAAACCUGGGAGUUCUAUGAAAUGGAUCCCGAGGAAAAAGAGAAGCUGAUGAAAAAGAGAGAAGAACGGCUGGCCGCGGAGCGCGCCCGCAAGGCCGAGCUAGAAAAUCAGGAGAGAGAGAAAAGAGAGGCCGAACGCAAGGAACGUGAAAAAGCAACGCCAACUGCAAGACCGUAUGGACUAGUGGGCCUGGAGAAAAAAGUGAAGCAUGAAAAACAAGAACAGACACAAGAAAUGGUUGCGGACACAGAUGCUUCAACCAAGAAUGGUGGCACAGAGGACAAAAUGGAAGGUAUAGAGACCGAAAAAGAGCAGCUGGAGGAAAAGAAGCCGGCCGAAGAAAAACCAAACGAAACAGCUUCGGAGCCACCAAAAGAUACCGAACCGAAGAGUAAACCAUCUUCGAGGUCGCCUACCCCCGCCGUUCCACUGGAACCUCAAAGCACCACUAACAAAACUAGCACGCCUACCGGUCCGUCAAGCACAAGUUCGUCAGCGCUCCGGGCUCGUUUGGAAGAAGAGAAGCGGCUUCUUAUGCAGCGACAAGCGUCGACUACUGCCAGCUCUUCACCGUCGUCGUCGUCAGCGUCUCCAUUACCACCUCCGCCUCUUCCUCCUCCAUCGAACCCUCCUGGACGUGGCUACAAAGGCAGUCGCGACUAUCGACCUCGAGAAUUUUCGACACACAGACAACCGAACAAUAGCGGGAGACAACCUACGCCAGAACAUGAGCAUGAUCGAGCAUCCGGUCGUAAAAGACGGUAUGAUUCCCGAGCCCAUGAAAGGAAUAAGCGUCAGCACUACUAA